AUGUUUUCCCUCUCAUUGCUUUGGGUCGCCCUCUCUGGUUCGGCUGCUGUUAGUGCUAGCACUAUUAACACCACGUUCGCGAGGCCUCUGGACCACUUGUUCAAGCGCUUGAGCACCAGCUGUGGAACUUCCGGGCAAACGUCAUGUCUGAACACGACUGCGCAGAGUAACUUGUGCUGUUUCGAGGCCCCUGGGGGCUUGCUGCUGCAGACUCAGUUCUGGGACACCAAUCCUUCUACCGGGCCUAGCAACAGCUGGACCAUUCAUGGGUUGUGGCCAGACAAUUGCGAUGGCACCUUCAAAUCGAGCUGUGAUUCCAGCCGUGCUUACACGGGCAUUAGUUCGCUCCUUUCUAGUCAGGGAGCAAGCGACACCCUUUCCUUUAUGGACGACUACUGGGUUGACAUCAAUGGCGAUAAUGAGCAAUUUUGGGAGCACGAAUGGUCAAAGCACGGAACUUGUAUGAGCACGCUGCACACCAGCUGCCUUCCUUCUGGAAGUGCAAAGGGCGCAGAGGCCGUAGCUUUCUUUCAAACCGUCGUCAAGUUGUUCAAGUCGCUUCCAACGUACGAUUGGCUUGCUGCCGAGGGAAUAACUCCGAGUUCCAGUCAAACAUUCACAUUGUCCCAAAUAACAUCUGCGCUCAAGUCUCAGUCAGGGGUCACUCCGGCGCUCGAUUGCGAUGGAAAAAAUCUGAAUCAAAUCAGCUGGUACUUUCAUCUGAAAGGGUCUGUCAUUGACGGGAAGUUUGUCGCCAUCGAUGCACCGGAGGCAGGAUCAUGCGCAUCCACUGGACUCAAGUAUCCUCCCAAGUCUGGAACACCUGUGAGCAGCGUAAGUACGUCUAAUGCCCCAGGAGAUCUUCCUUCCAAGGCUACUAUCAGCGUGUUGACGUCCUCUGGUGCUGUCGGAGGACUCCUUUCAGCGGGUACAUGGUCUGUGCAGACACCGGGAACUUAUACAAUAUCCGGGACAGGCUCGAGUUUCACCUUGACAUCAUCCAAGGGCAAAUGCGCAGUCCAAAGCUCGUCUUUAAUAUGCGGCAGCAGCGUCUCAACCGCUUCCACGUUCUCUGCGGUCACGUCAGGAAGCGACCUACUUGUAGCUUUCAGUGGAUCCACGGCAUUUUCUAGCAGUGCAGUUCCCAGUGGAGCCGUCCAGCAGACGUUGGUUACGGGCAAUGGCCAAUCUCAACAUGUCACGCUCGCUCUUGUGUCGACAUGA